CAAUGUGUUUACAUUGUAAUUUGCGAAGCGUCACAAUGUUGUAAAGAUGAAUCACUUUGCGUCUGACAGUAUGAAACGCGCGAUGCCUGAGGAAAAUCAUGAAACCAAGCGAGUCUAUGUCAAGCAAGAAAACUUUGGAUACGAUGCUCCUUCAUAUGCUAAUUAUUCAUCGUCAUCGUCAUCGUCGUCGUCGUCCAUACCCUCCACUAAUGCUCAACCUUUGCCUGGACAACCACCUCUGCCUCCUAUGCCACCACCAUCCAGUAGAAUUCCACCCCCGCCUCAUGUAUUUGAACCAGUGCCUUCUCAAGUAACUCCCAUUCAAGCAUGGAUACAUCCUACGUGGCAAUGGAUAGCGUCGCAAACAUCUAUGCCACCUCCACGCGAAGUUACUAAUACGAUUCAGAGAGAAAUGCCAUUGAGGGGUAAUUACGUGCGUCACGAAAGAUUUGCUCACAAUAGAAGCAACAUGUAUGUCCAGAGAAAUAAUUUUCAUCGUAAAAAAAGGCCUGUACGUUUUGGACCACCACAAGGUCAAUUUGAUCAAAAUACAUAUCUCGGAUUACAAUGGCAAAGAAAUGUUUAUACUGUAGCAGCAAACGAUGAUGUAAGAAACCACAUGACUGUUCCUCUAUCUUCCCAUUCUGUAUCUCCCAUUCCUUCAGGAAUUAUAAAUAAUAUGACGAGGCAUGACAAGGAGAUGGAAGAUCAAGAUGUGAAAAUUGAAAAAGUAAUAAAGAAGAAUAAACAAAGAAAGCCAAUGUCUCAAAGCUAUCCUAGUAAGCCAUGGAAUAGAGAGGAUGCAGAGAGAGCACUGAUGAUUGAAAACGAAUAUAACAUGAAGAAUAAAGUUAAUGCGCAGAGCUUAAUAAUUAAGUUUCCUGAUCCGGACUUAAAUAAGGAUAUUGUUAAAUUAUUUCAUCCUGGUAUUCGAAAUAUACAUUUUCAAAAUCCUAGUGGUCCAAGAUAUUGCUUCAUUCAAAUGGCGAAGAAUGUGAAUAUUGAUGAAGCUAUGAAAGAAUUGGAGAAAAUCAAGUUUGGUACAGGAUACUUAAAAGUCGAGAAAAAAGCUGUAAGAAACGAGGAUGUCCGAAAUACGAAGCCCGAAGACAUAAAUCCUUACAACUUAUAUAUAGGAAAUUUGCCCACGUUCGUUAAAGCAAAUGAGAUAAAAAGCAAAUUUCCAAAGGCACGAGUUGAUGUAUCAAGAGCGCGGAAAUUGAAGAACACACAAUUUGCUUUUAUGAGAUAUAAUAGUGUAGAUGAUGCAAUAGCAGAUUACAAAAAAGCAUAUGGUUUAAUGUGGGAUACAAGGAGUAUUAUUGUUAAAUUUCGUCGAAAAGAAGGUAAUUCUUAUCUUCCUGAAGAACUUAAACCUGACAUUAAGAAAAUUAAAGAAGAGUCAAACAAUAUUGCACAAGUGAAAAAGGAACAAAAUGUGAAUCACAUUGAAUUUAAAUCUAAUGUUAACAAGUCAAAAGAUGAAAAAAACAAUAUUGGUCAAGAGGAUAAAGUCGAUCAUGAUAAAUCAUCAACAAAUCAAGAUAGGAAUAGCAUGGAAGCGCGGUUACAGGAUAAUUCCAUUAAAGCACAAAAUAAAUCAGCCUCGCAAAUUGAGGAAAAUACAAACUCUCAUUCCUCUUCGGUACCAACUUCAAUCACAUCAGAUAAGACGAUACAAGAGCAACAACUCCGGGUUUCUUCUGAAAUAUCUUCAACAUCGGAAAAUUCAUUAUCAUGUUCAACUCAGACCAAUGCCACCGAGAAAACAAUGAUGCUUACACAAAUCAAAGAAGAACCCAUAGAUUACGAUGAGAUAGACAUGUGUAACAUGCAGUCGGAUGAUAACGACGAUGACGACGAUGACGACGAUGACGAUGACGACGACGACGACGAUGACGAUGACGAUGACGAUGACGACGACGAUGACGAUGACGAUGACGACGACGAUGACGAUGACGAAGAUGUUGAUGAUGAUGGAAACAUAGUAUUUAUAACAAAGCCAUCAGAAAUAGUACAAGAUAACAAAGAAGAACCAACGGAUCAUCUUGACCAAAUGUUCAGCGAAUUGGAGAAUAUGACGAGCGAUAUUGGCUUCUUAAAAAAUUGAACAAAUUAUCGUUUUAACAUGUACUGUCAUGCGUCAGCAAAGGAUUUUUUAAAUGAAAUGUAAGAGCCAUGGCAUAGAAAAACUUAAACAGUAAGUUAGACGUAAGCAGUAAGGAAAUCAACAUGUUGGAUUUGUUGCUGCUUACAAUUUUUACUGUGAUUGGCCAAUUUACUUACUUUACAUUUUACUUAAGUUUUUUCAUAUGCCAUGGCCCUAAUUCCGUAUGUAAUGCAUAUAAAUCAGUAGCCGUGUAAUAUAAACAAAUAAGACUGCAUGUGUAAGUACAAUAGUGUAAGUGAUUAUAGUAGAAUAACCCAGAUAGCAACGUGUCUGUCUUGUCGCUGGCAUGCUGCUUACUAAGUAUGCAUUGCUAAUUAUGUGUUGCUACCAGAAUUGCAGAAACUGAGUCCUCAUUUGUUGGCAACUUGAUACCUUCACGAUAUGAUACAACAUUGAGUAGCAACUUACCAGCAAUUUGCCAACAACUUUAAAAUUGUCAUCAAAAUUCGUACUAUUGCCAUCAUGUUGCCAUAAUAAUAUGCAGCAUCAUACAAAGCUGUCAUAUUGCCGACAACGCAAGAUAACAUUGACGCAGCUAUCUUGCUGUUAAACUGCUGGCAAUACAUAUACACAUUGUUGUCUGCAUGUGCUACAAUGUCGGUAUAUUCGAAAUCGUUGAAGACAAAUCUACGGCAAGUUGUCAGCAUCGUAAGCAAUCACAGAUUUGCGCCAUUUUGCUGAGACACGCUUUGCUAUCUGGGAAACUAUAACCUCUGUUACAUGGCACGCUUAAUCGAGUUUAAUAACAUCCGUAGUUAUGAAAUUGGUCAAUCAUAGCUGCACCUCGGAAGAAUGGAACGAUGUGAUUGGCCAGUUUCGUAACUACGGAUGUUAUUAAACCCGAUUAGGGGUGCCGUGUAAAUGUAGUCUAUAAGCUUGUUUUUUGUUGCUGCACUGGAUUGCACUGAAACUCUUUUACCAAAUUUCAAAUAUACAUAAUUUCACUUCUAAUAGAACAAGUAUAUGCUUGUUCAGCUACAAAGAACAGUCAUCACGUUUAAGCAUUUUGUAAU